AGAAUUACAGAACAAGGGUGAGUCUUUGAAGAAAUGCAUCAAAACCAACUGUAGCCACGGACAAGAUCUCCUUCUGCAAAUCGGCAUCAAAGCACACUCAUUACUUAAUUAACCUUUAGUCGGUUAUAAUAGGUGGAAACAAGUGAAACUUAAAAUACAGGGCAUCAUUGAGACCUGAGACUUGAAAGACCGGUGUUGUUUUGGGUGUUGGCGAAUUGCCGAUACUGUACUAGAAAUAGGCGGGUUCCACACACAGCACACUUAACUUUCCUGCCACUGGAUGGUUUAGGACACGGGCUCUACUCAACCCAGUCAGUACUUGGGCGGCUCUGAGUGGCUUUGGGACGCGAAAUAUACUGGAAUAUACUGCAACUGAAAGCAAAGGCUAAAUAAAACAACAGAAGGAAUCAUGGAAGUCAAUGGAAUUGUCGGCAGACUUGGUCUGGAGGGAGACCCGGACCUGCAGUUUUUGCUGAACGGUGGAGACUUACUAAAGGUGAAGUCCAGGUCAUGGAGGAAGACCCGGUACUUUCGGCUGAAUGAAGAUCUCAAGACCAUGUGGCAAGAGACAAGCAAAACGUUCAAGAGCAACUCCGGCUUCAGUCUCGAGGAUGUUGAUUCGGUGCGGUAUGGACGUCAAACUGAUGGGCUGCGGAAGUACACUGACUCCUCAGUGGAGGACCGCUGCUUGUCCUUCAUCUUCAAAGGUCGACGAAAGAAUCUGGACUUGAUCGCCUCAUCCAAAGAGGAGGCAAAGAAAUGGGUUAGCGGUCUGGAGAAGGUCAUGACUGGCAUGCACAGCCUCAACCGACAACAGAACUCCGAACACUGGAUCUAUAACUGCAUGCGUAAGGCAGACAAGAAUGCAGACAACAAAAUGUCCUUGAAGGAGUUGAAGCAUUUCCUACGUCAGAUCAAUGUUGAGGUGGACGACAGUUAUGCUGAGAUGCUCUUCAAGAAAUGUGACACAUCAAACUCUGGCACACUGGAGGGAUCAGAGAUUAAACACUUCUAUGAUUUACUGACUUAUCGUGAGGAAAUUGAUGUGAUCUAUAAGAAGUACGCUACUAGUAAUGGACAGAUGAGUUCCGCCGACCUGUUGAACUUCCUCCAAAUUGAGCAGAGGGAACCAGUGUCUUUGGAUUAUGCACAGAAGCUUAUCAUGAAAUAUGAGAUGGAUGAGACAGCCAAACAGAACAAAUACAUGAGCAAAGAUGGUUUCCUGAUGUACCUGAACCAUGAAGAUGGCUCCAUCUUUAACCCCGCCCACAAACCCAUAUACCAAGACAUGCGCCAGCCGCUCAAUCAUUACUUCAUUUCCUCUUCCCACAACACUUAUCUUAUGGAGGACCAGCUGAAGGGGCCUAGCAGCACAGAAGCCUAUAUCAAAGCGCUGAUGAAGAGUUGCCGUUGUGUGGAGCUGGAUUGCUGGGACGGUCCAAACGGAGAGCCGGUCAUUUACCACGGUCAUACGCUCACAUCCAAAGUGCUUUUCAGAGAUGUCAUCAAGGCCAUCAAAGAAUAUGCUUUCAAAACUUCACAGUAUCCAGUGAUCCUGUCUUUGGAGAACCAUUGCACCAUAGAGCAGCAGAAGAUCAUGGCCCAUCACUUAACCUCCAUCCUGGGAAGCGCUCUGCUCACUCAACCCCUGGGGUAUCAAAUGCCCACCACUUUUCCAGGACCAGAGGAGCUGAAGGGACACUUCUUGAUCAAGGGCAAGCGUUUGAACAAACUGGAUGCGGCAUUCAACAACAACACCACAGAGGAUGUGGACAGUGUGUCAGAGGAAGAUGAGGCUGCUGAACUCAAAGAGGCUGAACAGAAACCCAAGGAAAAGACUGCCAAAAAGAUCAAGCUGGCAAAGGAGCUGUCAGAUCUGGUCAUCUACUGCAAGAGUGUUCAUUUCAGCACCUUCGAGCAUUCAAGAGACAACCAAGCUUUUUAUGAAAUGGCUUCCUACAAGGAGAGCAAAGCAAUGAACCUGGCAGAAAACUCAGCUACAGCAUUUAUUCAUCAUAACAUGGAUAAGCUGAGCCGAAUCUACCCAGCUGGCUCUAGAACUGAUUCGUCCAAUUACAAUCCAGUGCCGCUGUGGAACGCCGGUUGCCAAAUAGUGGCUCUAAACUUCCAGACUCCCGGUAAGGAGAUGGAUCUGAAUCAGGCCCGCUUUCUACCUAAUGGCAAGUGUGGCUACAUACUGAAGCCAGAGUUUAUGAGAGACCCCGCCUCCCAGUUUGACCCCAAGUGCCUCACUGUAGGCCCCUGGCUGCAGAAAAAGACGUUCCAUGUCAUGAUCAUCUCAGCCCAGCAACUGCCUAAGAUCAACAAAGACAAGCAGAGCUCCAUAGUGGAUCCUCAGGUCCGAGUGGAGAUCUACGGUGUCCCCGCAGACAACGCCAGCAAACAGACACAUCACAUUGACAACAAUGGUUUCAAUCCUAUGUGGAACGCAAGAUUCCAGUUCACCGUUCACGUGCCAGAACUGGCUUUGGUGCGCUUUGUAGUGGAGGACUACGACGCUGCUUCCCAUAACGACCUUGUUGGCCUCUACACUCUGCCCUUCACCAGCAUGCAGAAUGGAUACCGUCAUGUGCCUCUGCUCACAAAAAGAGGAAGCCUCAUUCCUUCAGCAGGACUGUUUGUACACAUCAUGGUUCUUGAUGCCAAAUAAACUCCAACAUUCCCCUCAAUCAUCGCAAUGUGGAUCAAUGAGCAGGACAAUCAACUAAACUGUUCUCUGCAAACACUUUUAGGAUAAGAUUUGGACUUUCCAAAGAGCUCUCCAUACCAUUUAAGCACCAAGGCCUACCUUAAAGGGAUAGUUUAUAGUUUAUAGUUUAUUAUUUUGUCAUGGAUUAAUCACACUCAUGUCGUUCCAAACCCGUAAGACCUUCACUUAUCUUCGGAAGGCAAAUGAAGAUAUUUUAGAUGAAUUCCAAAAGCUUUCUGACCCUGCAUAGACAGUGACACAACCGACACAUUCAAGGCCCAGAAAGAUAUUAAGGACUUUUUUAAAAUAGUCCAUGUGACAUCAGUGGUUUAAUAACUUUAACAGACAAAACCGUCAGUCUUUGACGUGCGGUUAUAAGAUAAAGUUGUUAUUUUUGUUUACUUUGCACCUUAAGCAUUGCAUUGCAGUCUAUUCAGGGUCAUAAUAAAGCUCUUGAAUUUCAUAAAAAAAAAAUCUUAAUUUGGGUUGCGAAGAUGAACGAAGGUCUUACGGCAUCAGGGUAAGUAAUUAAUGACAGAAUUUUCAUUUUUGGGCAAACUAUCAUCUUAAAAUUGUUAAAAAUGUGGUUUAGCUUUGAAAAACAGGUGUAGUUAAAAAAAAGAUCUAAAUAUAUAUAUAUAUAAUUAAGAAAUAAUAUAAAAUCAAAUUGUCCUUAAAAUUCUACAGAAUCCACAGGAGGCAAAUUUUAAAAAAUAAAUUAAUAAAAAAGAUAUUUUAUAUCAAGUAAAAUGAAAUUUUAAUAUUUUAAGUAAAAUGUUUAUAUUUUACCAUAUUGAAAUCCAUUUUGAAAAUUCCAUCAUUCCUAUCUAAAUCAGUUUUUGGUGCAUUUUUUUACCAAAAAUGAACUCAAACCAAUUUUAUCAUCAAAGAUUUGUGAUUGGAGAAUGUUUUACUUAACACUGUUUUCUAUUUUAAUAUCAAAAAAAAAAAAAAAAAAGUAUAUUUAAAAA